AGGAGACAAUGUACUGAAAUAUAUUCAAGACUGCUUUGAAAUUGCUGCCAGAGAGCAUCCAGUAUUAAGGCCGUCGCCUAGCACCUCGAGUUGUUCAUCCCCUGGAAAUCACUUUCCACCUCCGAAUGAGCAGGAAAAAUCUCUAAGUUCAGUUUUGGUUAACUCUGUCAGGAGCACCUUUUCUGCCACCUGUUCAAAAGCACAACCCAGAGAAGCCUGCAGUUCAGGUGACGAUGUAUUCCUCCCAAAUUCUCCCGAUGAGGAUGAGAUGUCCUUAGGGUCACCUGCUCUUCUCGUUGAGGAAGCACCGAGAGACCCAGAAGUGGCUCCCACAGGUCAAAAUGGUAGCCGGCUCCUGAGUUCGAAGUCUCAGGCACCGCCAUCUCCCCUUCCUUGGAACACAGGAGGUUCAGAAUCGGAGGAUGAGUUUUUGAUAGCAGAAUCAUUUGGGGGCCCCUCCACCUCUUGGCUUUUGCAACCCCCAAAGAACAACCUACCCAAGGAGAGGAGUUUAACUUCUCCACUGCUUGAAUGUGACAAGGCAACCAAAGAGCAUAGUGUGGAUAACGUGCGCUGUGGGGAUCAUGUUCCAGUUGUGGAAGAGGACAACAGUCUUUCAAAGAAGCCACAAUCCAUUGCAGCUGCAGCCCUACAGUCAUCCACCAGUAAACAAGUCAAGAAGCAAAAGUGUCCCAAAACUUUGCAUCCGAAAAAGCAGGCACAAAGGCAAAGGAAGAAUAUUAAAAGGUCUGCCAGAGAUAUGAGGGUGAAACGCAGAGUGCUGGUUUUGGAGGAGAGCACUGAAAGCGAACCCAAAGAACUGUGCGUCAGACAGGCUGAAAUGCCACCUGGGGAUAGAUUAUCUCCUUUGGGGAAGAGAAGUGCUCAUGUCAGUCAAACGUUUUUAGUAAGUCCUGAAGAUGAGUGUGGCGGAGCAUUAACCCAAGAUGGGCCCUGUGAGGCAGGAAAAGCAUUUCCAUCCGCAGAACAGCAAAAGAGCAGGACACUGUCAGAAAAGUGUUCUUUUGUACGAGCCAUAAAUAUAAAUGAUCUCAGUGGUCCCGUCUACAACCAAAACGAUAAAGUGUCAUUUGAACGUGAAAUUAUGAUUAGAGGCAACAUGGGAGAUAAAUUUUUAGAGCCAUCUGUAGCCCUGGAGGAGGACUUACUGCCUUCAGAUUCAUUAAAGGAUAAAGUCGUAAGGCCACCUGAGAACACAACCCAUCAUCGUCAAAGCAAACGACUGCGGCUUAAACCUUUAGAGUACUGGCGUGGGGAGCGUGUGAUGUACAAGAGGAAAUCUUCAGGCGGGCUGGUAGCCAGUGGAAUCAUAUCGCCUAAAGAGAAAGAACCCUAUAAACUUAAUAGGAUAAAACAACCCACAAAGAUGGACUUGGAGAAUAUGCUGAAUAACGGACAUGCCACCUUAAAAGAUCCCUCAGAGCCAGCUCAUGUAUUUGAUGCAGCCUCAAAGCAAGAAGUUCUUCAAGAAUGUGUCAACAGCGGCCGUUCACAUUUGCUUUUCUUCAGUAAUGAAGAUGUGUCCGUAUAUAAAUAUUUUUCGACACCCCUCUUUUCUGCUGGCAAACUGAUAGUGAAGCCCUUCAAGGAAAAGGGGUCUCAGUAUUCCCAUACAGAUACACUGUGCUGCAUGCGGUGGGCUCUGCACUUCUGCAGCAGCAAAGUGUCCACUCGGUCUGGUGGCUCGGUGAGUGGAACAGUCCUUUACAUCCGGGAUAAGCUCCUCCUCCUCUAUCAGGGUCGGCCUUGA